AAGAAAAAUUCCACUGAAACUAAAAAUAGCAGAAAUUUUGUGGAGUGGUGAAAGAAACACGUUGAUCAACAUGCCGGGGGUGAAAAGUAAUAUACGUGUCCACAUGGAGUCUGAGUCAGGAAAGACGAAUACAAAAAUAUCCGAUUCUGGAUAUUCUAAUAGCUGCAGUAACAGUAAUUCACAAAGAAGCGCGAGUUCUAAAUCUCGUCACAGUGGAAGUAAUUCCAGUAGAAGUAGUGGAUACUGUGGAGCUCCAACUGCUGAUGGGAGUACUAAUGCCGGGCCAGUUCAUAAUAACAAAAGGAACAAGGAUAAGGAUUACAAAAAGAAAAAACUAAAGUCUACUUGUUCCUCAGCUCCAAAUAUUUUACUUCCUACGGCGACUGCAACGACGGAAAAUAGAGCCGUACCGAAAGAAAAUUCAUUAGAAAAUAAUAAAUGUUUAACGGAUUCUUGUGAGCCUUUAACAAUAGUUUUGAUAGAUCCCACUGCAACUAAAGAUGAUGGUCAGGAUAUUACCAAGGACAUUGGUAUCGAAAAUCCAACUGAAAAUAAUUCAAUACCAGCAAAAACAGCGUUGGGUCAUUCGGACGAAUCAGAUUGGAAUGUUGCUGAAAAUAUAACAGGAAACAUACAAAAUCACGAUGAAAAUAAAAAGGAACUUGCUUCCAUUAAUUGCGAAUCACCAAUGGAUUGUGACCCUAAACUUCCAAAUCAACCAGAGGAUGGUUUUUGUUGCGUAAUAUCAAUGUAUGAUGGUGUUGUUUUGUAUACAACGCCGAAUCUUACUUCUAUACUGGGAUUCCCUAAAGAUAUGUGGCUGGGAAGAUCGUUUAUAGAUUUUGUGCACCCGAAAGAUCGGGAAACAUUCUCCAAUCAAAUAGCCACACGGAUAUCAUUACCAUUGGUUGAUGAUGCUAAAACUAAAGAUGUACAAAAUACUCUUUAUGUUUGCUUAAGGAAGUAUCGGGGAUUGAAGAAAAGAGGUUACAGUGUUGUAGAAAAAGUAGUAUCCUAUGAAGCUUUUCAACUCACCAUAACAUUUCGUAACAUCAGCGAUAAAUCUGAAGCGAAAAUAACCAACAAGAAUUCCGGAAUGUUUCUAGUCAUUGUCGCUGUUCCGAUGUUUACGACUUACAAAACACCGGACGAAACCAGAAAAACUGCUAAAUUUGGAAUGAGGCAUACUGCUGCAUGCGUUUUUAGCCAUGUGGAUUCUGAUGUCGUUACAAAUUUUGGUUACCUUCCACAAGAUAUGUUGGGAAAAUCGGUUUUCGAUUUUUACCAUCCUGAAGAUAUGCCUUUCCUGAAAGAAGUUUACGAAUCUGUGAUGAGAAUGUGCCAAAUAGCCGGAUCCGUAUUUAGAAGCAAACCUUAUAGAUUUGCUGUACAUAAUGGUGGAUUUGUGAUGAUUGAAACCGAGUGGUCCAGUUUUGUUAAUCCUUGGUCAAGAAGAUUAGAAUUUGUUAUUGGAUUGCACCGUGUCCUACAGGGGCCGCAUAAUCCGAAUAUAUUCGAAUCUCCUAAGGAAGAUAAAAUGCAUUUAAUGUCUGUAGAAGUAUUGAAAGAGAGCAAAAUAAUUCAAGAUGAGAUUAUGAUUUUGUUGAAUAAGGAGUUAUCAAGACCAAUGGAAGCAGUGAAGCAUGAGGUGUCAAAACGUUGUAAGGAUUUGGCGAUAUUCAUGGAGACGCUUAUGGUAGAAGUUACGAAAUCCAAUCUACAUUUGGACCUACGACAAGAUCCUGAUCCAACAAUAUCAGAAAGAGAUUCUGUGAUGUUGGGAGAAAUAAGUCCUCAUCACGAGUACUAUGAUAGUAAAUCGUCGACGGAGACACCGCCUAGUUACAAUCAGCUGAAUUAUAAUGAUAAUAUUCAGAGGUUUUUCCAAAGCAAGCCGAAAACAACAGUUUCUGAUGGUAGCAGACCAUUGCAGAGCACCUCAGACACCGAUCAGGAGGCGAAAAUCCUAUCAGCGGCUCAGGACUGCGCUAACAAUCAGAAGUGCUUGUCGCCGGUACAGAACAGCGGCGCUUCCGGAAGCGGCAGCGCCGGCAACCUAAGCUCUGGAAGUAACCCUAACAUUGAAAGUGGCACGACCAGUGCCACCAACACCUCAAAUGACUCCUAUAAACCACCGCAUCUCACCGAGGCACUGCUUUUUAAGCAUAACGAAGUCAUGGAAAAGAUGAUGGUCAAGCGUCAUCGGGACCAGCGGACCAGUACUAAAGCGGACAGGGAGAAUAAGAAAAAUCAUCAUAAGAAUUGCGUGGAAAAGAACGUUAACAAGAAAGAUCAUCAGUCAAGCUAUUAUCAUCAAGGCGUGAAAAGGAGUGGAUCUCAUUCCUGGGAUGGUGACAACCACAAACUGUUGAAAUAUAACAAGCAGAAAUCCGGGGUCAAUGUUCAACAAGUUGAUCAGUUUACUUCAUCUGUACAACCUGUAGCUAACCAAACUACUUCUGCAGUCCCAAAUAAUUCAGCUUUUACAACAGGGGUUAAUGAUUCUAAUAUCAACCUAUGGCCCCCAUUCUCUAUGACUAUGACAUCGAUGAACAACAUUCAGCCUUGUGGAGUAACAUCCUCUCUAAAUACUGGCAAUUUUGCUUCUGGGAUGUUCCCAGUAUAUUACAUCCCAUCGCAGCAACGACCAGUAACUCACGAUAUCACAGAUUCUACUUUGCAUUCUAAUUUACAAUUGCAAUAUGUGCCGAGCAUGAUGUAUAAUUACCAUUCUGUAUUUCCUACGUCCUCAAUAUUCUGCCCGCCUUUGUCAAUGGUUUCAGUCCCUAUACCCAGGACAUAUCAAAUGGUACCUCCGGAUCAAGUUUCAGGCGUCAUUCCCAACGAUCCCAAAAGCAGUCCUCCGAUUAUCGGUUCUUUGCCGCAAUUUCAGCGGCCAGCAUCUCAGAUGACUUCUGUAAAAGCAGAACCCGGUAGUGUAAUGGGAUCAAUCGCAUCUGCGAGUGUUGCCAAUAAGGCAAUGUCGGAAUGUUCACGUAAAGAUUUGGGCCUUUCGUCCGUGUGUUCGCCCGGUUCUCCAUUGGUCAGUCCGCCUGAUGGAGAAACGGAAAUGGAAAAUUUAAAUUCGACAAUUAAGGCGAAGAAAGUAGAUGAUCUGACUGCGUGGGAGAAUAAAUACAGGGAAAAUCAGGGUGGAGACGAGGCAUCGAGUAGCUCCUCUUUUUAUUCCUCUUUCUUGAAAACCGACUCCGGGUCUAAUGAUGAUUCAGUGAAUAACGAAAAUCGAUUGAACAAAAGUGACGACAACACUUGGACCAAAUCCAAACAUUACCCGUUAAGAAAACGUGACCCACCUUGGUUGGAAUCCGUUUCCGUUACACCUGAUCUAAUAUACCGAUACCAAAUGGACCUCAAGGGUGUCGAUGACAUAUUGGAAUCCGAUAUUAAUUCUCUUAAACAAAUACCUCAGCCAAUAUUAGUCAAUGAUCAGUUGAAUCAAUUGUAUAUUGAAAUGGAACUGGAAGGACUUUCCACUAAAUUAACUCUGGAAGAGGGCAUUACUUCUUCUAGCAGCAGCGGAGAAGAUAAUCAAUCCCACCUCAGCAAACCAAAGAAGAAGCGGCGUUCUUAUAGCUCCCUAAUGAUGAUUUACGAGGAGAACUGUCCGUUUCCUCCCUCCGAGCAAUAAUUGAGUCCCGAUUCCUCUCUUACAUAUGAAUGAGGAUGGCAGACAAGGAAAUUGCAACAACAAGAAAAAAAACAAACUAAAGAGGCUAGACUGAGAAGAAAACCUAUCGAGAGAGAAAAUAAAGAAAUAAAGAAUGUUUAUUUGUAUGCGACGUUCCUGAAUCCAUCACCGGCGUGUGAUAUAAAUUAAGGCCUUUAUAUUUAAGCAAAAAAUGUGUAGUAUUGCCGCUAGCAUGUUUCUUGUUUCAAUUAGUUGUCAGAGAUGUGCACACAUUGGGACUAUGAAGCGUGAACAUAAUUAUUACAUUAGUAGUAUGUUUCGCUUCUCCGAGUUACAAUGUUUAAUAUUAUAUGUAUGUGCUUGUGCUACUGUAUAUUUCUGUAUUGUCAAUUUUAUAU